GCGGGCGGGGAUUGGCGGGCGCGGCGGAAGGGGCGGGGCGGCGGCGCGGAGCGCGCGGAGCGGCGAUGGCGGCGCGGCGCGGGGCGCUGAUCGCGCUGGAGGGCGUGGACCGCGCCGGGAAGAGCACGCAGGGCCGGCGGCUCGUGGAGGCCCUGAGGGACGCCGGGCACCGCGCCGACCUCCUCCGCUUCCCGGACAGAACCACUGAGAUUGGGCAGCUGAUCAGCUCCUACCUGGGGAGGGAGAAGAACCUGGAGGACCACACCAUUCACCUGCUCUUCUCUGCCAACCGCUGGGAACACGUACCAACGAUGAAAGAGAAACUACAUCAGGGGAUCACAGUUGUGGUUGACAGAUACGCCUUCUCUGGAGUGGCCUUCACAAGUGCCAAAGAGAACUUCUGCCUGGACUGGUGCAAACAGCCUGAUGUUGGACUCCCAAAGCCAGACCUGAUCCUGUUCCUUCAGUUAAGCCCAGAAGAAGCAGCAGAACGAGGGAACUUUGGACAUGAACGUUAUGAGACCAGCUCCUUCCAAGAGAAAGUUCUUCAGUCCUUCUAUUGCCUUAUGAAGGACAAGACCCUAAACUGGAAGACAGUGGAUGCUUCAAAGAGCAUUGAAGACUUGCACAAAGAAAUCAGGUCCAUUGCAGAGGAAACUAUGCAGGAGGUUCAGAAUAAACCUUUGGGAGAACUCUGGAAAUGAAACUUCAUACAGGUCUAAAAGAAUAAGGGAAAGGUCACUUCUUGGAUCUUCUGCACUUGGAUGACUGUGACAUACUAGCAGCUACAGCUUAGAUCCUGUGCAUUCUUCUGGGUCCAACAUGCUGCUGAUGUCCUUCCUGUCACCUGCUCCUCUCUUCCAUCCUGCAUAGUCCCUUCUGCAUUUUUUAAAUGAGUAUGCCACAAGUGUGUAUCAAAUUCCUUGUCAAAACCUCCCUCUCCCAAGCAGGAGCUCCUGUUCCAGCUCUAGUCCUGGAGUGAAGAUGUGGGUGUGGAGCCCAGGGCCAUCCCUGGACACACAGUUCCCAUUUUUAGGGAAUUGCUGUGUUUCUGAUCAUUCUUCCUCUCUAGUAAAUGCAUCCCCCCCAUGCUCAAACCAGUUUGUAGAGGACUUGCUAAUAAAUUAUUCUCUUAAGCA